GUCACAUGGUAGCAGUUCAAGUGUAGAAGAACAGGAGCCCUCACCAACAUAUUAUACAUACAGCAUUUGAGAAAAUCAUAAUUCGCAUCGUGGUAUUCCCAUCACACGUGUGACGAGGGGGCAGCGUCAGGGAAAGCGGUUGCUGAUACACUACUCAGGCUAUUUCCUAAAACUCAUCACAUUAUUGAAUGGAGGCUGUUUUGAGCUGCAGACCUGAGGAUUUGGAAGAUUAUUACGGUUUAUUAGGAUGUGAUGAGUUAUCAUCGACUGAACAAAUCCUCAACGAAUACAAGAUCAGAGCCUUGGCAUGCCACCCAGACAAGCACCUGGGGAACCCCAAAGCAGUGACAGAGUUUCAAAAGCUACAGGAAGCCAAAGAUGUUUUGUGCGAUGAUGCUAAAAGAAAAAACUACGAUCUAUGGAAGCGAAGUGGAGUCGCUGUCCCAUUCCAUGACUGGAAAGCCUUAAACGACUCUGUAAAAACGUCAAUGCAUUGGGCUGUAAGAAAUAAAAAGGAACCCAUGUUGGAGGCCGCAAAGGCAGAAGCAGCGGUCGCUUUGCAUGAUGACGACCUUCGUUGUCAGCAGGAAGCACCGGGGAACUCCUCACGUGAAGCCAUGUUAUCCUCAAGCGAUUACUGCCAUCUCCGCUUCCGCUGGGCUGCUGACUCACCAUCCUGUCUGCUCCAGAAGUUUCGUAAUUAUGACAUUUGAAAAUACUCUAGUGAAAUACAUCACACCCUGUUAAUUGUGGUAGCAUAUUGUGUGCACA